UUGCUCUGCACACGGCACUGGGUCAGAGUUUCCUUCACUCAUGAUAGUGUGCGUACACACACCCGUUUCCAGGCACCGCAAUAUGGCGAUGGAGCUACUUCAAAGGGAAGGCAGGUGGUACCUAGGAGUGAAAGUCAAGGACAAGAUUCCUGUUUCGUGCCUGGUACUUCAGGGCAACAGCGACACUAUAUACCGUUGCGUGAACUGCAAGUUCGUCCCAGAAACGUUGUGCCAUCUAGAAUGCAGGCACCAAAUGUGUGAAGGCUGUUUUGGAACCUUCACAACGUAUAUUUGUGAACGUGACCAGACUGUCACAAGGAAAGAAUCGGUGCUCACUUCAGAGAAACGAUGCAACACAGACCUUGAAGCAUUUGUUCUUCAGUGCCCUAGUUGCGACCAAAAAAGGGACUACCCCUCUAUCAAGAAGCACCUGCAGGAACAUUUUGCGGCCAAUGAAGAGCAAGUGCGAGCAAGCGAACAUUUGGAGAACGCCGAAAAGCUGGUUGAUGAUCACCCUCUGUCAACCCAGAGCCAUAAGGACAAUCGAACAACUGAACAGCCCGACAUGGAGCUAGAAGACGGCACAUCCUUGGUUUCGAUGGACACCUCUGGUGAUGAGCAGAGAAAGGAAAGCGACAGAGGCGAUGCUUCAGGAUCAAAAACAUGUCCAUUAGGUGCAACGACAUGGGAUAAAGAAGAGUAUUUGGAGCACUUGAAAGCAUGCGAGGAGCGCCUUACGAAGUGCUCGGAGUGCAUGCAAGAAGUGAAAUAUAAACACUAUGGCAAUCACCUACUGGAGUGUACAAAAAAGGACGACAAGAAAAAAUCAGACCGGACGUUAACAUGUGCGAAAGCGAAACACCCUUCGUUUGGGAACUACGAACACGCUGAGGACAUAAGUGAGAGACGUCAGAAGGUUGAAGAAGUAGAAGCACUAAAGCGAGCCAUCAAAGCGCUGGAAGAAAGGAUUGAACAUUUGGAGAAGCCAUUGGUGAAGAUCAUCCAAAAACUUCGUGAGAACGCUGAGCGGCGGAAAUAUUGAACAGAGCUUACAGCAUGAAAUAUGUCUUCAACGCUGAGAAAUCCCCUGUGACGCAGUGCCUGUCAAGACUGACAGGUUGCUAUUGAAGAGUGCGACAAUGAAUUUAAGGCCUACAGUGAGUUGGUGGAAGCAAUUUCGGAGGCCCAUACCUGUGAUAUUUCAUUUCUAUGUUGUGUUGUUUUCAGUGCAAUCAUAAAAUGUUCUAUUUUCAUAGUAUUUGAAAAUUUCUAAGCACCUGGAAAUAGGUCAUAUUUUAUUUAUCCUGUCAAAAAUAAUGGUGAUUUUACAUUGCUGUUUUCUUGCACAAUAGAAAAUAAACACUUUAAAAAUGCG